AUGGUCAUACAACUAAACUAUCAAGCUCUCUGCGUUAUAAGUUAUCUCUAUUCGAACAGCAAGAAUAUUACUAAAUUCAAGAAAAUAAGAGAGUAUGUAUUUUCUGUUCUGGCUUUCCCUGUCAGCAUUAUAGUGACUGCUACCUUUUGGAUUUUAUAUAUAAAAAACCCGAAUAACGUCCGAGAAAAAAUGUACGAAAAUAUUAUACCACCUCACAUUAAUCAUUUAUUUCAUACCGUCAUCGCUAUUGCCAAUAUUCUCGAUUUAUUAAUGCACCACCACGAUUAUCCUGUAAGAAGAAACAGCUAUGUUGGGAUGGCUUUGUUUUCGCUAUCAUUUAUAACCUGGACAAUAUGGAUCAAAUAUAGAGCUAAUAUUUGGGCCUAUAAAAUAUUGCAUAAGAUCCCGACACCAAUUUUACCAGCUUUCUUUAUGAGCUUUCUUUUUAUGCAUUUCGGGCUCUACGAACUUGAAUUAUGGGUAAAAUCAAAGCAGACAGCAACUAAUAAGCUGAAAAAUAAAAUGAACUAG